AUGGAGUCGCCAGGAUCUCAUGGGAGGCCAGGAGUGCGCAUAAACGCCGCGCCCGAGCCCGGGAGGCGCCCGGGCAGGCACCGGUGCAGGGUGUGCAGCGGGCGCCCUCCCACUGGCAGGGUCCUGGACCUCGUGACCGCGGCGGCGUCCGGGAGCUGGACGGUCUCGCUGUUCUGGCCCGCGGCGACGCAGCACGAGCAAGGCGACUUUUUCCUGACCAUCCGGGUGCUCCGCGUGGUGCGGCUUCUGAAGUUCCUCAGGUACAUGCCGGAGAGCUUGGUACUCUAUUCGGCCGUGAGGCACGAGUUCAGCAUCUUGCGGGUGUUCUUGGUCAUCGUGUUCACGAUCAUAUUCUUCUUCGGCAGCCUGGUUUGGGCCGUCGAGGACGACGACACCUUCCCAAGCAUACCUUCAGCGAUGUGGUGGGCUGCAACGACGAUUACGACGGUCGGCUACGGUGACGUCGUGCCGCUGACAAACGCAGGUAGGUGCAUCGGUUUCGCGAUGAUGUUGAUCGGUUACAGCAUCUUGGCAGUGCCAACGCUGGUGAAUUCUAACAUGAUUGGCGACGGCCUUCGCAGUACGAGCAGCAGUGCAUCACUUACAGAAUCCCCGAGGCGGGCGCCCGCGCUGCCUGCGGCCGAGGAGGGCGAGGCCGAGGGGGGCGAGGCCGAGGCAUUGACGCGCUCAGGGCGGUCCGGCGGCGAGAUCGGUUGGACGCAUCGGUCGGAGUACCCUUUCUUUGCAGACCUGCAGACGGUUCACGGCGGCGCCGGCUGCAUCUCUUGCCCUCCUCUAUACCAGGGGUUGGACAGGACGCUGUGCGUGUUCUUGGCGAGCGCGGUUCCCAGGACUGCAGAAGCCGCCGCCGCGCCAGCCGUGCGCGCUGGAGUGCGCCUGCCGGAUGCUGCGGCCCGUGGUGGCGCCCGCGCGGGUGGGCGGCGGCAUCCUGGUCGAGGACCUGGGCGACAGCUCCUGCACGUUCGGCGUGGGCCUCUUCGCGGGGGACGAGGACGCCCCCUUUGCCGUGGCCACCGCCAGGUACUCGUGGGUGGACCUGUCUUCUUCAGGCCCUCCGCAGCAGCUCCCCGCGGACGUGCGCGCCGCCUGCGAGCAGCUGCGCCGUGGCAGCCCUCCUCCCGCCCAUCCUCCUUCUCCCGCUCCGCCUCCC